AUGACUGGUACAACUCUAUUGUUAAUGGAAAAGUAUGAUGUGCAGGGUAGUGGUAAAUUUGCCGGAAAGAGAAGAGCAAAAAUUGCAGAAUUUCAUCGGAAGAGGGGUCCAAAACCAAAACUUAAGAUAUUGAAUAUGCCUGGAACUUUAUCUUUUCCAGGCACGCUACUUGAUACAAAAGAUUCUAAACAAGAUGAUGAACCUACAGUUGAUAAUAAAAUGAUUCUCUGUUCCUCUUCUGAUGAAUUUGUUUUAUCUCAAGAUUUGUGUGUUAUGUGUGGAAGUUAUGGACGUGGUGAUGAAGGUCGAGUUAUUGCAUGUUCUCAGUGUGGGCAAUGCUAUCAUCCUUACUGUGUUAGUGUUAAAGUAAAAUGUUUGAAAAGUGUUAUGUGUGGAAGUUAUGGACGUGGUGAUGAAGGUCGAGUUAUUGCAUGUUCUCAGUGUGGGCAAUGCUAUCAUCCUUACUGUGUUAGUGUUAAAGUUACUGCAAUUAUUUUGAAAAAAGGUUGGCGAUGUCUUGAUUGUACAGUGUGUGAAGGAUGUGGUCAGCCGCAUGAUGAAGGUAGAUUAUUGUUGUGUGAUGAUUGUGAUAUUAGUUAUCAUACAUACUGUUUGGAUCCACCUCUUGAUGAAGUUCCACAGGGUAACUGGAAAUGCAAAUGGUGUGUGGUUUGCAUACAGUGUGGUUCAAAAUCUUCUGGUUAUGGAUCCCAAUGGCAAAAUAACUAUACUAUGUGUGGUCCUUGUUCUAGUCAAAUGACAUGCCCAGUUUGUCAAAUGAAUUAUCAGGAAAAUGAUUUAGUAAUUCAAUGUAUUCAGUGUGAGAGGUGGCUACAUGGAAAAUGUGAUCAAAUGGCAAAUGAUGACGACGCUGAAAUUUGUUCAGAAUCUGGUUAUUACUGCAUUCUUUGUAGACCAAAAGAUGAACUGCCACCUCACUUGAUGCGUAAGAUCAGGGAUAAUGCACCAUCUUCUCCAUCUCCAUCUUUACCUUCAGAAAGUCAGCCAAUUUCUCCAUUGCAUAAAGCUAAAGAUCAAGAUUUUCAGAUUAAAGUAAAGCCUCAAGCACAAUUUUAUAUUGAUGGGGUAUUCUUAUCAGAAAGUGGAAUGCAUCAGAUAAAGUCAUUAACUUUAGAACAACCUAAAAAGCAGAGAAUGAGAAGGCAGAGACAUCCACCUCUACUCUCUCUUGCAUCUAAACAUAAUAUUGAUAUUAAAACUGAUGAAAUUGAAGAAAAUAUUGCAUUGGAAACUGGUAAUGAAUCGGAAACAAAGAUGGAAAUCGAUGAUAUUAUUCAUGAAGAAAUAUUGAAACCAGAUAUUCAGGAUAACUGUGAAAAGAAGAAACGGCAAAGAAAAUUACAUAAAUUGGGAAUUGGUGGCUUUGUUGCUAGGCCUAGAGGAAGAAGUAUAUCUACAAAAGAACAAUGUAAUGAAUUAGGUUCAGCAGGUAAUAAAUGAAUUUUUAUACAAUGAAUAUAUUUUUUACGUGACAGAUCGCUUUAUUCAAAUGUUUGAUUUACUCAUAUACAUACUUGACAUUGAUAUACUUUUGAGGAGAAAGUGCUUAUCAUUCUUUUGUCAUUAUAUUUGCUAACAAAUUCUCAGUUUGUGUUUUUAACUUUUUAAUUUACAUUAUAUUGUUUUUACGAAAAGGCUAAUGAAAGUUUUUCUCUAAAUAAAUUAUUUUAUGUUGAAAAUUUUUUACACAUUAUUGCUAAUUUGAGAUUGUAUUCUAUGUUCAGAAGCUUAUUUUACACUUUAAGUGCAGUUUUCACUGUGCACACAGUUUAAACUUUGAAGUGAAUUUUUGUCAAAUUUGGCAUUUGAACUCAGAAUCAGUUGAAAUUAGAGUUGUUUGAAGUAUGAGAUACCACUCUAUUAGCAAAAAUAUAUUUGUUGAAUUUUAAUACAGUAGAGCAUUGAUUAUCCAAAUACUGAUCAACUGAAACAUUGGUUAACCGAAAGCAAUUCAA